GCUGAUAUGAGGUUUGCUGGUCUUUAAAACGUACGGACCAGCACACAUGAUGGUGGCAGACAAGGUAUCAACACUACAGCCUCCUGUGAAGCCAUGGCCUCAGGUCGUCCGCUCCUCCUCCUCCUGUUGGUUCUGUGCAGCCUGACUGCGGCUGAUGCCCAGCUGAAGGUGUUUAACCUGCGGGCCAGCAAUCUUCCCUCCAACAUCCUGGGAACCACAGACGGUUACGUCAAGGUUUACUGUGGCUCAGCCAAUCUGGGUGAAACAUCUAUUCGCAACAACGCCCAAAACCCCUGGUGGGAGGAGGAGUUCAACCACUUCAAGGCCCAGCAGAACGACGUAUUGAGGCUCGAGGUUCAUGACAGUGACUAUGUCUUCGAUGACCUGCUGGGAGUCUGCCAGAGACAGAUCAAGGUGGGAACCCAUCAGCACAACUGCUUCUUGAAGAAAGGCGGGAGCCUCCAUUACUCCUAUACUCUUGGUUAAAAAGGGCAUACUAUGUGACUUUUGGACAUUACAGUAUUUAUGUACCUGUACUGAUGACAGUAUGACUCUGUCUUCAUGUGUGGUUUUAAGAGACUGAGGUAGGUUCUCUGAGUCUUCUUGUCAAUAUUCAGAUUACCCAGAAAGAUCUUCAUUAAACCAACAUGUGAAGAUUCACUCCAGUCUCUCUAUAUGCUGUAUCAUUAACAGCAACCCUGCUGCCCUGUUUGUCACAGACAAAUAAACCCUCACUACAAAAA